AUGAAGAUAUUUGAUUCUUAAUUUUAAGUCUAUCUUCAAUACUUGCAUCAAUAGCCAGAUGAGUUGAAAUAUCGCUAUAUCAAGGGGCGUGUGAUGUUGAAGCAAAAGUAAUGAUGAAAGUUUAGUAGUAAGAACAAUACUUAAAAAUUAGGCUAAAAAAUAGUUGCAGAUAUCAAAGGCUAGGGAAACUGAAUAUGGACUAAUUUCAACUUGUUAAAAAACACAGAAUAGUCAAACAUAAGUCAAGGUAAAAUAUAUAUAUUUUAAGGUGGAGACUCGAGAAAAAAUCAGGAAAGUGGAGUUUAAAAUUAUUUGAUUAAAAAAUAUAAAGGAAAAAUAUUAUGUUCAUAUAGAAAUGUGCAUUUUUCAUUUCUUUUUAAGAAUUAGUAGUCAAUCAUUGAAUAUUUGAAAAAUCCUCAACAAAAUGAAAUUAUGCUGCCGAAUACCUGCUUUCAAUUCCAUAUUUGUAAUUUCAUAUUUUCAUUCUAGAAAAUCUCAUAAAUUUAGGAAGUUUCAAAUCACAUGAAAAAUUGGGUGGUUCUGUUGUUAUUAUGGUUAGCCUUGAUUAAAGGAAAUAUUCGAAUGUAUUGUAAACAAAAUCCCAUAAGAUACUUUCAGAAAGUAUAAGUGCAGAUGUCUAACAUCAAACAGGAUGA